AUGCACAUUGCACACAUUCUAUACUGUCAUACAUUCCCGCCCCGUUCGACAGGCGCCGCCCGUGCCACGUCCUUCAUCUCCGUCCCGAGUGACGUCACCCUGUCACGUGACGAGACGGCCCAGCUGACCUGCGAGCUGGACGAGCCGGUCACGUGCGCCUGGCGGCUGGAGGGGACGGCGCUCAACAGCAGCGGCUUUCUGAACACGCUGCCGCCGCCACUGGUAGAGGCCGCGUCACCUCUGCACCCGACCGACUGCAGCGUGACCCUGACCCACCCGGACGAAGACUACACGGGCAGAUACCAGUGCGCGCCCUACACGAGCGACGGCGCGCAGAUCCUCAGCGGAUGGGCGGCGGUCCACGUCGAGUCGAGUGACGUAUUCACGUGCCCGGAGGAGAGCGGCACCUACCUGGACGACUACGACUGCCACUACUUCUAUGUCUGCAUCGGCGGGACCCCUGUGCACGAGAUGUGUCCCGACCCGCUGGUCUUCAACCCGAGCCUCCUCAACUGCGAUUACGUGGAAAACGUGCCCGAAUGCCAGUGAUGAUACCAUGGAAGAUCGUCUGAGCUAAAAGACAUAGAGAUCGAAAUCAAACGGCACUACUUUGUAACUGGCUAUGUGUAAUAAACAUUUCUCGCCGCCAGUGUCUGUAUACCGGUUUCUAAUGUUCAUGGAAAAUGAAUUUAUAGGUGUAG